CCCGGGGUCCUCAUUCGCAGGGCACCGCCGACUGCUGGUAUCCUGUCCGUGAGUCCCUUUGUCGCGUGUGGAGGACACAUCGGUCAGCAAGCAGCACGAUGUUGAGCGCCGUGGGGAAGCAGUUAAGGAACCACCCGGCGUUGAUCCCACUCUUCAUUUUCAUCGGCGGUGGAGCCACGAUGUCCUUGCUGUACCUCACACGCCUCGCUUUGCGCAACCCUGACGUCUCAUGGGAUCGAAAGAACAACCCGGAGCCCUGGAACAAACUGGCCCCCAAUGAACAGUACAAGCUCUUUGCUGUGAACACGGACUACAGCAAGCUGAAGAAGGACCGGCCCGACUUCUAGAGCUCCUGGGAGAUGUCCUGAGUGACGUCGGGGAAGCCCACAAAUUACCGGAAGCCAGAACCGCACAAUUUUAACAAGUGUUCCAAGAAGCCAAUGUACUUGAACUGCGCCAUGUUCACAGAAGGGCCUUUCCACUCAUUCCUGAAAAAGACUUUUUGCCUUUUUCCAUAGAAUUGUCUAUAAAUUUCAAUAAAAGAAAUGCAUACUGAGAACAAUUGAA